AGUGAGUCUUGUAAUCAUGGCUUAACAUUGAUCAAAUAUGGUACCUCUCCUAACUUUUGCUCACCAAUCUGCUGUUUUCCUCCCCUUCCAAUUAGUAAUUUCAUCUCUUUCACUUUUGGCUUUGAUGUUAUGUCUUAAGAUCAUUUCAUUUCCUUUUUUGUGAUCUGUAUGUUUACAUGCUUCCUUCUUCUGUCUACGUUUUUUCUGUUUUGUUUGCCAGAAUUUUUAUAGCUUCAUUAUCUUUUCUCCAUUCUGUAUUCACAAAAGCAGGAUAGUUAUUGUCCCAGUAACAGAAAGAGGGAGUGAAUGAACCAUUACCUUGUUUUGUUGAUUUUGUUUCUAUAUAUGAAUUGCAUGAGCAUGAUCCUAGCGCGUGUCCCACUAGGACCCUUUCUCAAACAAUUGAUAGUUAUGAGUUUUCCACUGUAACAUCCACUGAAUAGCGAAGUUGAAGGAACGAAUUGAGAAACCUUAAGAAGCAAAGAAUCAAAAAUAAUUAGAAGUUCUAGACGCAACUGGAUAAUGAAUUAUAUAAUUCUCCUGGAGGAAAUUAGAGGAAGAUCGUGGUUGGAAUGUAUUUGUUGUUGGCAGUUGAAGGAGGCACGACCACGACCAUCAGUGCAGGGAAGAGAGAACGUGGAAGGUGGGUAUUAAAGAAGAUAACUGAAAUUUGGGUUUCAGGGCCAGCAUCCGAAAUAAAAAAAAGGGGCCUUUUGGAGCCGGCCCGUUCGCAAUGUAGUGUAGUCUUGGGUUUUGUUUGCAGAAUUUGGCCCUUUAACAAUGUAUUGUUGGGCUUUUAAGAGUGCUCAAGUUGGAUAAAAUAAUUUUGUAGGUUCAAUUUUUUAAUUCUUUAAAGAUUCAGGACAAAAGACAUGGAUUUACUUGUUACAGGGUGACUCUUAACAAGAUUGGCAACAUGUUUAAGAUCCUUGUUCUCCUUCAAUUAGGUUUUUCAACAGUUUUUAAGGUUUGAUUAAUGAAAAUUUAAUAGCAGU